AUGGCCCCCGGAGAAGCCUUUGUUGUCGGCACUGCUACCGGUCUGCACUCUCAGAAGGUGAAAGCGGAGGCGCCUGAGUAUCAGCAUCCUCUGGAUCCGUUGACCGCGGAAGAGAUCGCUGCUAUAACAUACAGCAUCCGGCAGCACGUCGCCACCAAGACCGAGGUGAAGGCGAUCAGGUUCCUGACAUGCUAUCUGCUGCCACCGCCGAAGAAGGUGGUGCUCGCGUACCUGGGGAUUCCGCUCAGCCCUGGGGCUAAGCCUGAGCCCAAGUCCGAGAUUGUCAGGAAAGCGGAGGCUGACUAUAUCGAUGUUGUCACUGGUAAUGGGUACAAUGCGAUUGUUGCGUUCAAGGACUCGAAAUGGGAAGUAGAAUCCAUUGAACUACUCCCCGAGGGCACCCAGCCUCAGAUCUCCCCUGAGGAGCUCAACCAAGCCGAGAAGAUUGUGCGGGCUGACGAGCGAGUGCAGAAGCUCGCGAGAGACGUCGGCGUUGAACCGCACCAGCUGCAUGCAGAUGGUUGGGCAAUCGGCUACGAUGAUCGGUUCCCUAAGAAGACUCGGAUUCAGCAAGCCCUCUUAUUUGCUAGGUUCGGCGAGCACGAGAACCUCUAUGCGCACCCUAUGGACUUCAUCCCAAUCAUCGACUCCGUCGCGGGCAAGGUGAUCCAUAUUGACUUUCCGCCCUCCUACAACCCCGAGGGCAAGCUCUCGACCCAAACGACCUCGUUCCCUCCUCUGGACGCCGAUCCCCUCCAGGCGACCAACCGCGAGCGCAUCGCCCCGCCUAAAGAGAAGUUCGACUUCCUGCCCGAUCUCAUGGCCCAGAACGAGAGUCAGAAGACAAAGUUCCGGGACGACGUGAAGCCGCUGCAUGUCGUGCAGCCCGAGGGCGUGAGCUUCAAGAUGGACGGGCAUGAGCUCGAGUGGCAGAAGUGGAAGAUGCACAUCGCCUUUAGCCAUCGGGAGGGUAUUGCGCUUUCUACGAUCACCUAUAACGAUGACGGUGAGGUUCGGCCAAUCUUCUACCGUCUCUCCGUCGCGGAAAUGGUUGUGCCAUAUGGCGCCCCGGAGUAUCCUCAUCCGAGGAAAUUCGCAUUCGACACGGGAGAGUAUGGCAUGGGCACGAUGGCGAACGAGCUCUCGCUUGGUUGCGAUUGUCUCGGGCAGAUCCAUUAUUUGCCCGGAGCGUAUGUUGCGAACGACGGCAGUGCGGUUGUGAUCAAGAACGUUAUUUGUAUUCACGAAGAGGACGCCGGCCUCUUGUGGAAACACACUGACUGGCGUGAGGGUGGCCGUGCCCACUCGGUGCGGAGCCGCCGCCUAGUUAUCAGCAUGAUCUGUACCCUCGCAAAUUAUGAGUAUGUGUGGAAUUACUACUUCUACCAGGACGGCAACAUCGAGCUCGAAAUUCGCUUGACGGGCAUCCUGCAAGUAUAUGUUGCGAAGCCCGAUGAGCCAGCCCAAUACGGCACGCUGGUUGCUCCCCAAGUGAACGCACACUACCACCAGCACAUCUUCUCCCUGCGCGUAGACCCGAUGCUCGACGGCUUGCAAAACAGCGUCGUCGAGUCCGACAUUGUCCCACUGCCGGACGCCCCGACGGGUUCAGCAGCGAAUUUCGCUGGGAAUGCCUUCAUCGUGCAAGAUAAGGUCCUCAAGAAGCAGAGCGAGGGCGUGCGCGAAAUGGACCUGGCGAAGGAUCGCAGGUGGCGAAUCGUGAACCCUGCGCGGAAACAUUACAGCAGCGGUAAGGAAGUGUCCUACGCGAUCAACAUGAAGGGUGGCGCCACCACGCUACUGGCCCGUGACGACAGCUGGGUCGCUACGAGGGCCGCGUUCGCAAGAAAGCCACUGUGGGUCGUGAAGGACGUCGAGGGGCCGAAGGGUAACCGGAUGUGGCCUGCGGGCAAGUACGUCCCCGGGACGAGGGAGGAGCCCGCGGAGUCGCUAGGCAAGUGGGUGCAAAGUGAGGAGAGUAUCGAGAACGAAGACGUGGUGCUGUUUAUCACGGUCGGCACAAACCACAUCCCGCGCCCGGAGGACUGGCCCGUCAUGCCCGUGGACCACCUCCGAGUUGCGUUCAAGCCGCACAACUUCUUCAAGUAUAAUCCGAGCAUGGACGUUCCCGGAGGGAAGGACCCACGCAGUGUCUCCGCCUUCAAGGACACGAAUGGGAAUCUGCCGGGAUACAGCGUGCAGUCGUGCUGCAGUGGCAAUUGA